AUGCUCCGCGACCGACCACCCUUGGGUCCGCGCGACGACGAGCUCUUUAUGAGCGCCCCAGGCAACGACGAUGAACAACCACACAGCAUUGGCUAUGAGCCACAGCACACAGAUCCCCUUGACGACGUCUUUGGAUCCGCACCCUCAUCGCCCAACCUAGCCGGCCGUGAGGGAACUCAUGCGACCAACACAGACCACUCCGACAUACCCCGCCUCCGCAGCAUUCACGUCACCAACGGCUACCGUGAAGGCAUAGCCGUGAGCAAAGAACAGCACAUCCAAGCGGGCUUCGAUGAGGGUUUCAGCUUGGGCGGGGAGAUUGGCAUGAAAGUUGGGUACAUACUAGGAGUUUUAGAGGGAAUCGCGAAAGCUAUCGCGAGGGCGGAGGAUGAGAGGGUGAAAAAGUUGUGGGAGGAUGCCCAAGAGGAGUUGAAGAUGGAGAAGAUUUUGGGAGAGGAGUACUUCGGGCGUGAUGGCAUUUGGAAGUAUGAUGUCCCGGGCCAAGAUGUGGAGGGGCAGGGGAGCGUUACGUUUGGGAACGUUGCGAGGCAUCAUCCUGUUGUGAGGCAGUGGAGGGGUAUUGUGGAUGUGCUGGCGAGGGAGUGCGGGUUGGCACUCGAGGGUGACGAGUGA